GAGGAGUAGAAACAACAAGCCGCCAUUUUGUUUGGCGGACAGAGCGUCAGGAGCAGGAGAUAACCGAUAGAAGGAGCGACUCCUGCAGCCGACGGAAGCCGCUCCGGGAGCCGCGCGGGGACCGCCAGAGGAACCGAACCCUGUCCGCGUUGUCCAGAGAGAGGAGGCAUCACGAAGGAGACGAGACGUCAACCGGAGGGGAGAGCCAAUUCUCAGUGCCAUAUCUAUGUAUUAAUAUAUAUAAAUAUAUGUAUGCAUGAGGAGGAAAUACUCCGAGGAAGGGGGUGUUUUUUUUGCGGAGCGGCGACGGGAGGAGAGGCGGAAGAAGGGAGCUACGAGACAUCACAACCCUGCGGAGAAAAAGAGGAAAAAAGAUGAUAAGUCAGUAUGUGUCCGUGGUGGAGGAAGGAUCGAGCCCGCAGAGACAAUUAUAUAAAUAAAUUGCUGCCGGGCAGGAGGGAGAGGUGGAAAGAAAGAGGGGUUUAAACACGAAGGGGGGCAGUUCACCAUCACAAAGAGUCACUGCGAGGAUUUUUGUGAGCCCAAAAUAUUUUUAGAGGGGGUUGUUGAGAUUAUUGUGCCGAUUUAAAGCCAUCGUUUCUUAAAAGAAUUGCCCCUUUCGGGUCAUUUUGCGUUUCCAUUCGCGCCUCUGUCCGAAGCGCUCAUCUUGGUUGUGGUUUCUUCAUGCAUCCUAUAAGCUGCAAAAAAAAAAAAAAAGUGACAAAAUGUAUUCUAAUCGUUUGAGAUUGUUUAUUUAAAGCCGACAAGACGCAGGAGGACACUGCAAGAGCACAAGAUAAGUGGUCUAUAAAAUACAAUUUAAUUGGAUCAAUCAGGGCACCCCGUUGAUUGGCAGUUAGACUAUAGGAAACACCGAAAAAGUGCAGGAAAACCACACAGGAGCAGUGGUUUAUACUUAAAGAAAGAGGGGUUGCAUCCACCACGUUUGUUUCUGACCCCAGUGCCUUUUGCAUGGUGGAAAAAAAAAAAACCUGAAGUGCACAAUUCUACCAGCUGCAGAGGAGAAGUCCUGCAUGGAAACAUCUACACAUGCAAGGCGCAGAGUGUCUCCUGCACAACUUCUGGCAUCGUUUUGAAGCUUUAAAAACCACUGCCUUCUGCUGUUGGACGGGGAAGGUGAGGAUCUAACUGUUGCACGAGGCGGAAGAGCUGAAGUUGCAAUAAAAACUGGACAUUUUCGUGCCAUCGCAACAAAUUCCGCCCCCCCGGAGGACUAUGGCAGGCAGAGCCGAGCGCAGACCGGCGGACGGAUCUUCUCCGGACGGGCUUUCUGUCGCAGAGGCUGCUCCAUGAGGUUGUCAGUGGGCUCUUCAGCGACUCCACCUUCCCACCUCCCGUUCAAAUCUGUGAAGAAACCAAAUCUCCGACAGGGGAGGAGGGGGGCACUCGUAUCUGCAGAGAGAGAGGUGCAAACCGAGGGGAGCCGAAGAGUUUAACGCCGCCGUCCUCUCCCCUACCGUGCCCCCGAGCGGUGGGGGAACGAGCAAGAAGCGUUUCCUGAAAGGGAGUAGGAGGCGGAAAUAAAGGGAAACACGGUGAAAAUUGUCAGAAAAAUAUGGCCGAUAAUGUCCUGGAGUCCGGCCCGCCUUCAGCCAAGAGGCCCAAGCUGUCCUCUCCAGCUCUCUCAUUGUCUGCCAGUGAUGGAAACGAUUUUGGUACACUCUUUGACCUGGAGCAAGACCUCCCGGAUGAGCUCAUUAGUUCUUCGGACCCGGGGCUGUCCAACGGAGGGGAUGCCAGCCAGUUCCAUGCUAGUCUUGGAGGGCUCGGAGGUGGGAUUGGCACAAGCGGUCAGGAUGCAGCUGCAAAACACAAACAGCUGUCCGAGCUCUUGCGUGCAGGAGCGCCGGCACAGCCGGGGGGCCCUGCUUCGAACAGCGCACCAUCUGGGGCUUCCAUGGGACUCAUGGGUGGCAUUAGUGGACCACAAGGCAUGCACCCUCAGGGCCAACAGCAACCUGGAUUAAUGCCUCAAGUUGGAAUGAUUGGAGGUGGGACGGCGCUCAGUCGGACAGCAGCCAUGAUGGGUGCUCAAAAAGGCCCUACUGGACAGCAGCAGCAGCAAGGGCUGAUGGGGGUGCAGGUUAUGAACGGCUCCCCUAGAAUGGUUUACUCUGGCAAUGCUGGAAUGGGAAACAGUAGCAAUAUUUUGGCAGAGACCUUGCAGCAGCAACAAGGUGGCCCGCCAAUGGGAGCCGGGGGUCAAGUGGGGAUGAGACCACAGCAGCCUGGCGGGCUAAACCAGAUGAUGAUGGCCAAUGCAGGCCCCUAUGGUGGUCUGUACAGCCAGUCUGCUGGCCAGGGGAUGCCUGGAGAAGGGCUGGCCCCUCAGCUCCAGAACAAGCCAGGCCCCAAUAUGCCCACCCAGUUCAGCAUGGACAAGAAGGGACCUCCUGCUCAAAGCAUGCCCGGGAUGCAGCAGCAGCCGGGUGCAGUUGGCGGCGUGUCGGUCGGUGGAGCAGCAUCAGCAGCAGUGGGCGGCCCUCAGGUUGGACUGAACGCUGUGGGGGCAGGACCCGGUGCUACGCCCCCCACCGCAGACCCCGAAAAGCGGAAGCUGAUUCAACAGCAGCUCGUCCUGUUGCUUCACGCGCACAAGUGCCAGAGGAGGGAGCAGGCCAACGGGGAGGUGCGGCAGUGCAACCUGCCUCACUGCCGCACCAUGAAGAACGUGCUCAACCACAUGACUCACUGUCAGGCUGGCAAGUCCUGCCAGGUGGCACACUGUGCCUCGUCCCGACAGAUCAUCUCCCAUUGGAAGAACUGCACUCGUCACGACUGUCCCGUGUGCUUGCCUCUAAAAAACGCCGGAGACAAGAGGAACCAGCAGACUCUUGUCAACAGUGCAGCUGUAAGUUUAGUGAACUCUUUAGGUGGAGGGGGGCCGGGUGCGCAGUCGAACACUCCAAACCUGAACCCUCCCAGCCAGAUUGACCCCAGCUCCAUAGAGAGGGCCUACGCUGCACUAGGCCUCACCUACCAAGGCAACCAGGUGCCGCAGCAGCAGCCACCUCAGACCAACAUGCCAAACCAGAGCCUGCAGGGACAGCCUGGGAUGAGGACCUUAAAUCCAAUGGGUGGAAGCUCAAUGGGAGUGAAUGGAGCAGUCGGGGUCCAGCACCCCAACCAGCAGUCCACCCUUCUGCCGGACGCCAUGUUGCACAACAGCAUGAAUGCACAGAGUCUGAUGAACGAUGGCGUGGGGAACCUGGGCUCCCUGCCUGCAGCUACGCCUCCUUCUGCUGCAGAGAUGAGAAAGCCUUGGCACAAAGACAUCACACAAGACCUCCGUAACCACCUCGUUCACAAGCUUGUGCAGGCCAUUUUUCCUACUCCUGAUCCAGCUGCACUGAAGGACAGGCGGAUGGAGAAUCUGGUGGCCUACGCUCGAAAAGUAGAGGGAGACAUGUAUGAGUCGGCCAGCAGCAGGGCGGAGUACUACCACCUCCUGGCCGAAAAGAUCUACAAAAUCCAGAAAGAGCUGGAAGAGAAGAGAAGGAAACGGCUCCAAAAUCAGGAAAUGAUGCCCGGCAAACCUGGCAUUCCCCCAUCCGGCCUCCCACAGGGCCUGCCUUGUAUGGGGCAGACACCCAUGCCCCCUGGGCAGUCCCUUAAUGGUCCUCAUGCCGAUCUGUCCAUGAUCAGACCUGCUGGUCCAACUCAGAUGGUCAAAAGGAUGCAGAACCCUGCAGGCAUGAACCAGUUUAAUCAGAUGGGGAUGCAGAUGAUGAGUCAGAGGUCAACACCUCCUCUUCCUCCUAAUCCUCAAAUAAACCAGAUGUGCAUGGGAGGAGCAAGGAUGGGUCAGCCCAAUGCCACACAGCUACAGAACCAGUACCUCCCUCCUGGCCAGUUUCCUGUCCCCUGUUCUGGACGGGGUUCUGGACCUGUUGGCGUGAACCAGCAAGAAACACAACCUGCUGUUCCUUCUCAGAACCAGAUGUCCACACCUACGUCCCUCCCAACCAGCAACCCAGCAGCACAAUCCGCCCCUUCUGUCUCAGGCCCCGGAGCCCCAGUAGCCUCCGUGGGGCCCGCUAAUGCUAACUGCGUCGGGCCUCUCCCCAGCCUUCCUCCGUCCUCCCAGCCCAGUUCUUUCCCUCUCUGCCCACCUGUCCGAACAAACUCCCCGUCCCCAGCAUGCAGCUCAACACCUCAGCCCCAUCAGACUCCGCCCACGGUACCCCGCUCUCAGACCCCGCAGCCUCAGACCCCCAACACACCCCUGAUGCCCCCUCUGCAUCAUCCCCAGCAGCAGCAACAACAAGCUUCAGAGCAACAACAGCAGUCAUCAAAACAGAUAGUGAAUUCUGAUCAAACCAAUCAGCCUCCUCAACAAACACUUGGGAGCGGGGCUUCUCCAGGCCCCCAGGCAGGACAGACUUCUUCGACCCCAGUCCGCAACGUUCAUGCGCCCUUACAGCUGCCGCAGACCCCACACUCUCCGAAGCCAUCGCUGACAGCUGAUGGUCAGGUUUCUUCUCCGGCAUCGAUCCCAGGCAGCACUGAUUCCAGCUCUCAGCUCGCCCCUGCAGACAGUUCUGCUCCCAGCCAGGAAGACGUCAAAAUGGAGAUCAAGGAGGAGGAGGAGGAAGAGGAGGAGAGUGAAGGAGCUGAACCCCAAGGAGAUGGCAAGGGAAAGCUGGGGCUGGUUCAGUCUGAGGUGAAGACUGAGGAGAAACUUGAGAUAAAGAAGGAGAAACCUUCAGGAGAUGGGUGUAAAAGUGAGCCCAUGGAUACAUCCUCCUCCUCUGGGUCGGUGUCAGAAGCAUCAGGUGGAGACAAGAAGCCAGAGGUGAAGAAGGAGCCUAAAGAGGAAGAGGAGGGAUCGGGGUCAUCAGUAACAAACAGCUCCUCAGUCAGCACUCAAAGCAAAAAGAAAAUCUUUAAGCCAGAGGAGCUGCGUCAGGCUCUCAUGCCCACCUUGGAGUCUUUGUACCGUCAGGACCCUGAGUCCCUUCCUUUCCGUCAGCCGGUGGACCCCCAGUUACUGGGAAUACCCGACUACUUCGACAUUGUGAAAAACCCCAUGGACCUCUCGACUAUUAAACGGAAGCUGGACACGGGUCAGUACGAAGAGCCGUGGCAGUACAUCGAGGACAUCUGGCUGAUGUUCAACAACGCCUGGCUGUAUAACCGCAAGACGUCCAGAGUCUAUAAGUACUGCUCCAAGUUGGCGGAGGUGUUUGAGACGGAGAUCGACCCCGUCAUGCAGGGACUGGGGUACUGCUGUGGGAGGAAGUUUGAGUUUUCCCCCCAAACUCUUUGCUGCUAUGGGAAACAGCUGUGCACCAUCCAACGUGACGCUGCUUAUUUCAGCUACCAGAACAGGUACCACUUCUGUGAGAAGUGUUUCAACGAAAUCCAAGGCGAGAGUGUCUCCCUGGGGGAUGACCCCUCCCAGCCUCAGACGUCCAUCAGCAAAGAGCAGUUCCAGAAAAAGAAGAAUGACACACUUGACCCUGAGCUACUCGUGGACUGCAUCGACUGCGGACGUAAAAUGCACCAGAUCUGCGUCCUGCAUAAUGAAACCAUAUGGCCGUCGGGCUUCGUAUGUGACAACUGUCUGAAAACAGCCAAUAAGAUGCGAAAAGAGAACAAAUACGCUGCUAAAAGACUUCCUCAGACGAAGCUGGGGAACUUCUUGGAGAUGCGAGUGAACGACUACAUCAAGCGUCAGAACCACCCCGAGUCCGGAGAGGUCACGAUUCGCGUGGUCCACGUCUCGGACAAGGUGGUCGAGGUCAAACCAGGCAUGAAGUCCAGGUUUGUGGACAGCGGCGAGAUGGCCGAGUCUUUCCCCUACAGGAUGAAGGCCUUGUUUGCGUUCGAGGACAUCGACGGAGCAGACGUGUGUUUCUUCGGGAUGCACGUUCAGGAGUACGGCUCUGACUGCCCGCCACCCAAUCAGAGGCGAGUGUACAUUUCUUACCUGGACAGCGUGCACUUCUUCAAACCUCGACACCUGAGGACCACCAUCUAUCACGAGAUCCUGUUAGGCUACCUGGAGUACGUCAAACGGAUGGGGUAUACUACGGGUCAUAUCUGGGCGUGUCCUCCGAGCGAAGGGGACGAUUACAUCUUUCACUGUCACCCUCUGGACCAAAAGAUCCCCAAGCCCAAACGCCUGCAGGAGUGGUACAAAAAGAUGUUGGACAAAGCUGUCUCUGAGCGAAUUGUCCACGAUUACAAGGACAUCUUUAAGCAGGCAACAGAAGACCGGCUUACAAGUGCCAAGGAGCUGCCGUACUUCGAGGGUGACUUCUGGCCCAACGUGCUCGAGGAGAGCAUCAAGGAGCUGGAGCAGGAGGAAGAGGAGAGGAAGAGGGAGGAGAACAGUACGUCCAACGAGAGCACAGACGCUGCGAAAGGAGACAGCAAGAAUGCCAAAAAGAAGAACAAUAAAAAGACGAGCAAGAACAAGAGCAGCCUGAGCCGAGCCAAUAAGAAGAAACCAGGGAUGCCCAGUGUUUCCAAUGACCUUUCACAGAAACUCUAUGCCACCAUGGAGAAACAUAAAGAGGUUUUCUUUGUGAUCCGCCUCAUCGCAGGCCCCACUGCCAACUCAUUGCCCCCCAUCACUGACCCGGACCCCCUGAUGGCCUGCGACCUGAUGGACGGCCGCGAUGCCUUCCUGACUCUGGCCCGGGACAAACACCUGGAGUUCAGCUCUCUUAGGAGGUCCAAGUGGAGCUCCAUGUGUAUGUUGGUGGAGCUCCACAACCAGAGCCAGGACCGCUUCGUCUACACCUGCAACGAGUGUAAACACCACGUGGAGACGCGCUUCCACUGCACCGUGUGUGAGGAUUAUGAUUUGUGCAUCACCUGCUACAACACUAAAGGCCACGAGCACAAGAUGGAUAAACUGGGGCUCGGGCUGGACGAUGACAGCAACAACCAGGCUGCAGCAGCCACCCAGAGUCCCGGGGACUCUCGCCGCCUCAGCAUCCAGCGCUGCAUCCAGUCUCUGGUCCACGCGUGCCAGUGCCGCAACGCCAACUGCUCCUUGCCGUCCUGCCAGAAGAUGAAGCGGGUCGUGCAGCACACAAAAGGCUGCAAGCGCAAGACCAACGGCGGCUGUCCCAUCUGCAAGCAGCUCAUCGCUCUGUGCUGCUACCACGCCAAACACUGCCAGGAGAACAAAUGUCCCGUCCCGUUCUGCCUGAACAUCAAGCAGAAGCUGCGGCAGCAGCAGCUGCAGCACAGACUCCAGCAGGCCCAGAUGUUGAGGCGGCGGAUGGCCACCAUGCAGAGGGGGGGACAGCCAGCCGGAGGGCCCCCAGGAGGACCUGCGGUGGGCCUUCCUUCACCAGGAACCAAUGGGACCACAGCUCCCAGUACCCCAACGUCUUGUGGCACCCAACCCCCCACACCUCAGACCCCAACUCAGACCAUGCCUUCCAUCCCACCACAGGGAAUGGGUUCUGGAAAUGGAAUCCAGCAGCAACAGAACCCUGGCGGGAUGCCCCCUCAACACCCCCUUCAUCAGUUCCAGCAGAUGGCGAGUGGAGCUGGUGGUGGAGGAGGAAUAAUGAACUCUCCCCAGCACCAGCAGCAGAUGCUUCCUCAGGUCCAGCAGCAGGGUGGACCAGGACCCAACCCUCAGCAGCUCCAACAGCACCCCAACAGUUUGCCACCCUAUGCCACGAGACCCCCUGGCUCCUCCCCCAUCCACCAAUCCCAGGGUAAACCAGUCCUCGGCCCUGCAACACCUCCGCAGCAUCCUGGUGGUGCCGUCAUGGCGGGAAAUAUGGCAGGCCAACAACCUCCCAGUCAACUGCCAGGCCAGCCUUCAAUUCCACAGCAGUCCCCCUCAGGCCCCCCACCAGCAGCUGUAGAAAUAGCUCUCAAGAUUCAGCAGGUGGCUGAUGCUCAAAGGAAGAUUGCUCUGCAGAGACAAGCAGCCGCUGCAGGCUUGAUGCCACCCCACCCCCACCAACAACCGAACCAGGGACAGCAAAUGAAUAUGGGACAUCCAGGGACCGUAGGGAUGGUUGGACCCCAGGGCGUCCCACCUCAGAACCAGGCAGCUGCUCGAGUCCACAUGGAGCAACAAGGUGCCCUGUCAGUGAUCAUGGUUAGUGGUGGGCACAUGCAGCAUCCCUCCCAGCAAGGUAACCUGCCUCAGGGCCAGCUCCGCCCCCAGGUGCAGCUGCAACAGCAGAGGAUGAUGGCUCCACUUCAGAACCCCCAGCAGCAGCAGCAGUGGACAGUCCAGCAGCCCCCACAGCAGAGGCAAGCUGUGAUGAACCAAGGCAAUCCAGCCGUCGUGGCAGCUCAGCAGCAGCAGCAGCAGCAGCAGCCAGCUCAGGGUCACGCUGCCCUGAUGAAUAUGGUGCAGCAGCAGCAACAGCAGCAGCAUCAAGGUGGUGCUGGGGGAGUCUCAGCGGGGCCCAUCCCUGGUGCUCAGGCUGUCCUGGGGGUUGGUGCUGCUGGUGGAAACAUCCCUCAAGCAGCUCUUCACGAGCUCUUACGGACUCUCCGUUCACCCAGUUCUUCACAUCAGCAACAGCAGGUCCUGAGAAUCCUAAGAUCCAGCCCCCAGCUCAUGGCUGCUUUUAUCAAACAGAGGGCCUCAAAAUACAAGACAGGACAGGGGGGGCCCGCCGGACCAGAGGUUGUUACAGGAGGAGGACCGGGCCCCACCGGAGGCCCUGCUGGAAAUGUCAUUGCAGGAGGGAACCCACAGGUGAACAUGAACACUGCGAGCACCAGCCAGCAGGGGAUCCACAUGGGUGCUCAGGGGGGAGCAAGUGUCAACAUGGCUGCUAUGACUCCGCUGCAGCAGCAGCAGCUGCAGCAGCAGCUCCAACAGCAGCAGCUCCAACAGCAGCAGCAGCUACAACAGCAGCAGCAGCUACAACAACAGCAGCAGCUACAACAACAACAGCAGCAGCAACCAAUGCUUGGUGGUUUGCAGCAGCAGCUACAGCAGCAGCUACAGCAGCAGCAGCUACAGCAGCAGGGUGUAGGACGUGGAAUGCAAGGCCAGGGGCCACAGUUCAGAGAGUUACUCAUGAGGCGACAGCUGCAGCAGCCUCAGAUGGGAGCAAGUCACGGCCAGUUUCAGCAGCCGCAGCCUCCACAAGGGCAGGGGUUCAUGGGUCAGCCUCCUACUAUGGGACAGGGUCCUCCUGGAGGUCCACCUCUGGGCCCACAGCAGCCUGGGGGCCCCCCAGGUCAGCAAGGGCCAGGUUACCCAGGGUCUGUUGCCCAGCAGCAAGCCACAGCUGCUCUGCAGCAGAGGCUCCAGCAUCAACUGCAGAUGCAGCAGAAUAACAUGGCUGCCCUUCCAGGGAGUGAUGCAGGACCUGGUGGAGGGGGUGCAGGUGGUCCCCAACCACCUCAGGGCCCUCAACCCCCCCAGAGUGGACCCACCCCUCCGUCCACUCAGGCUCUCUUCCAACAAACUCUGCCGCAGAGGUUGCUCCAGCAGCAGCACCUGGGCCCAGGUGGGUCUCCGGCCCAGCACAGCAAUCCCAUGAGCCCCCAGCAACCGCAGCAGGUGGCACAGUCCCCCCACCCUCACAUGCAGGGCCAGGUGUUACCCACGUCACUCGUGCGAUCCCCACAACCGUCCCCUCGACCUCAGUCGCAGCCGCCACACUCCAGCCCAUCGCCGCGCAUGCAGCCUCAGCCCUCGCCACAUCACAUCUCCCCCCAGAUGCAGACAGGCUCGCCCCACCCCACCCACCUGAAUCAGCACCACCCAGGAAUGAUGGUCCCUCCGCAGCAGCCGUCAGCGAGCCAGCAGCAGAACACUAUGGAGCAGUUUGGGUCGGAUCAGAAUGCCAUGCUGUCUCAACUGAGCGGCAUGGCCGGACUUCACGGGCCGGGGGGCAACAGCCAGGACCCCCUGGGCCAGAACCUCCCCCACAACUCUUUAGACCACAUGUAGGACUUCUUGUGGAGCAGAGCUCAGUGAAUUUCUGCACAAACUGCACUCACCCAGGACAGUGUUAUUAUUUCUUAGCAUUUUUAUUUUUAUCAUUGUUAAAAUGUUAUUUAACGUUUUUCAAUAAAGUUGCAUUGAACUGAACUUCCUAUGGGAGAUGAACAAUAAAUCAAGCAGUCGUGAAAUGAUUUAGAAUAAAAUAAUUGUAACUUAUUGCUGUUAAUAUAUUAUAUAUUUUUUGCCAACUGAGGACAAACAAAGUGUGUGUGUGUGUGGGGGGGGGGUUCUUUAGCAGCUCUUUCUAUUUCUCGCAGAAGAAAGGUAAUUAUUUAGGGGAGGGAAAUGAAAGUACUUGCCUUUUUUUAAUAUUUUUUUUAUUAUUCCUAAAAGUAGUCGAGACUUAAAAAUAAAUGAAUGCAACGAACUUUGAACAUAUUUUUGUUUGCAUCAUUUGCUCGGUCUGUUUCUGUUUUUGCAGAGUGAUGUGAAUUAUCAGUAUAAAUCCAAA